AUGGAUGUAAUGAACGAUGAAUUGCCUGCAUCGUGUAAGGAGAGCAUGAGGCCGGUAAAGAAAGCCCUGAAACAGCUGGAGCUGCUGAAAGACCUUCCCUUGGAGCAGCAGGUCAGCUCUACCAGAACACAGGUGCUCAGGAUUGGGGAGCACGUCAGCACCUGCCUGGCAGAGUACAGCACAGCACAGGAGGCCAGAUACUGGAAAAGGUCCAGUACCUACUACCUAGUAUACUCAUUGAACACUGGGACACACAACAUGCUAAUACGCGUCCUGACGUUUCUGUUGCUCUUCAUAAUCUUUUUAUUUUUGAAUUUUAGGUAUUUAUGGAAAUUUGCAUCCAUCUUUUCAGAACACAACGCUAGAACUCUGCGCAGACUGUAUAAGUAUUCACAGGUUAAUCAAGAGGACAAAUUCAUGAAGACAUACUGGGGAUCAGGGUUCCCAGGCCCUGCCCAGGUCCAGUCUCUUGAAUGUAAGCAGCUGUACAAUGCCUGGGGCCUACCUGUGGACUCGAGCAGUUCAGACCUUGACAGGAGCCAGUCAGCAGUAGAGGACCAGCACUUGACUGACAGGCACACUGAUGGGAGCUUUUCAGGCAGUUCCUCUAGAAAGAAAGAAGACCCCACACAGUCAGAUGAGAGUCAGCAGGAUAGCCCUUACUCCUCCAGUGCAGUUAAACCAGCACAGAAAUCCUGGACAUUCCCAGAUCCACAUGACCUAAAGAGCUUGAAAAUCCCCAGGAUGCUCUGCGGAAAAGAGCCUGAUCCCAGCUCGGCUUCAAUAAGGGUACUUCAGGAUACUGCUGCUGCUGAUUGGCUGGUGGUGUUUCAACUGCCCUCCGAUUUUCAUUCCCUGUUACGUCAUUUCCAUUAUACUUGAUGGCUUGGAUGGGUACGCAGCCCGGCGCCUCAAUCAGAUUUCAGAGUUUGGAGCCUGGCUGGAUGUCGUGAUUGAUAACCUGGGGAGAGGAAUGCUGUGGAGCACCUUGUUUGAGUGGGGAUAUUUUGUUUCUGCAUUAGAAUGGUGUGUGUUUGUCUGCACACACAGCAGCAUGGGUGCUGAGUGGAAGAGCCACUUCGGAUGCAGCCCCUGGUGGAUCCAGAGAGUCACAGCAAACGGUGAGAAUUUACAGCAACUGGAGAGUAAUUUCGGUUCAUCAGCAGGGUAAGCUGAAAUACAAAAAACCAUCUGAUUGUAGAACUUUCAGUGCAUUAAAAGCAGCUCACCUCUGUGUACUCUACAGUUGUGUUUUCCCUGUAAACAGGUUUUAAGAGCCCGCUGGGUGUGCUUGGUAUAGCUGGGCUGCACGUCCUGCCUGUCUGGUUGUACGGGUAUCAGAAGGGAGUCCUGACAGAUGUUCUCUCUGUCCCGUUUGCACUGCAGUGCUGUGUUAUAGCCAUCCUCACUGCAGGCAGGCUCCUGUGUUUUGCUGUGGAGGUGUGGUGUCUCGGGGUGCACAUUAAGUUCCUCACAAGAAGUGACCAGAAGACAAAGGAAAAAGACUGAAGCCCCUCUGUGUCCCAGCCCCUCUUGUGGAUUUCAAAAGGAGUGCUGUUGCAUUUUAAAUGUAGAGUUUCUAGUAAAAGUUUGUGUUGUAACAUUUUGCUUUUAGAGUAAUGACAUCUCCAAGUGCAGCAACAAGAGCUUUAGGGUGAAUAAAAUAAUGUGAA